AUGCUGGUUUCAAACUCAAAUUCUUCAUCCAAUGUGUACGAUUACGGCCUGUUUUCUGUCCAAAAAUCCUUAUCCACAGCCCGAAUAUUCCUUACAUUGGUUAACGAGUAUCUACAGGGGUCGAGAAAUUUGACAAUAAUAGCUCAGCGUCGCAACUGCCGGCGUCGCAGUGGCAGUCGCGACGCUGCGGCUGCUGUGAGCCUCCCCUUCGCCCUCCAGAGUCGCCCUUCACCAGCAGCUCUUGGGGCAUCUGCUGUGGGGGCACCAAUCGCUGGCCUUGGUCCAUGUUUGCCGACCAGGCCUGUGCCUAAGAAGCAGGCAUCUGCUGCAGUGGGAUCUGCUGUACCAGCUACUAAUAGUAAGUCAGAAAAGCUUUAUCCAAUACUAUCUACUGAGAAUGGUUCUGAGACAUUCAUGGGCAAUCUGUUGUGGGCAAUCUGGUUGUGGCGAUGGUUGUGUGUUGUUGUGACGGGUCGAUGGCGGUGGUGGUAG